AUGACAUCUAAAGAUACUAAUGAAGACCAACUAACAAAACACAUAUCCAAAAUAUCCCAAUUCCAAACCACAAUCCUAAAUUCAAAACUCUUCACCGAAAUAUCAACCACCCUAUCAUCCACCCUCCCACCAAAAUCAAUCACCUCAAUCAGAUGUCUAGCAUUAGGUUCCCCCACCGACUCAACCCCAGCAAAAUAUCAACUAUCCCUCUUGCUCCAACUCAUCCCCCUCCUCAAUACCCCCGAGCUCAUCACAACUAUCUCCUUCUAUGACCCAAUAUUCACCGAAUUAGAUAUCCAACUCAUAAAAACCCUCCUCCCAACCGCAAUUAUUCAACAGGAAUACACACCGCCUAUCCCAAACACAACUCUCUAUUUCCUUCCUCAUGCUCCAUUAGACUUAAUGGAAGAGAUUCUCAAAGUUGAUAAACCGGCGUAUUUAUUAUGUAAUGAUUUGAUAUCACAUACUGAUAGAUUAACAAAACGGAAAUUAUCGGAACAGUAUCCUACCAUUGCAGUAUGUGUUGAAUAUCUAACUAAGUCCGAGCAAACCACAACAGCCGAGGGUGGUGAUGGAUUCAUACCGGUGACGAAGAAACGAAGAAAUAAGAAAAAGGGUGUGUUUGUUGAGCCCGAGAUUGUGUAUGAUUUCGAUGGGGUAUAUUUUAAGGGAGUGGAGAGGGAAAGGUUUGAUCAUGGAUCUGAUAAAGGUGAUCCGUGGGGGAAUUCAUUUUCGGAUUUGGCAUAUCAUUAUAUUAUCCCCAAGGAUGAUGAUGCUGAGAAAGUAAUAUAG